AUGCCUGGCGCCCAUCCACCCAAUGACACUCUGCGUCCGCGCAGCAUACUGCGCAAACCAAAUCUUCUACAUACUCAUCACCCUUCAGACUCCUCCUUCCAGCAACCUCCUCGAACAUCACAUGCUCUUCCCUCAGUGCCUCGCGUAGAUAUGUAUCCGCCGCAUCAAACCCCCAGUUCACUGUACUCCUCGUACAAUGACUCUCCCCGUUCGCCCACCACCCCAUAUAGUCGUGGUCAGGCUCCGUGGAUGCCUCGUGGAUAUGAUAAACGCCAGCAAUAUAAUGCUUCACAUCAUGCUAAUUACCAACGAACACCUCGCGAUCUUGAUGACCAUCAGAAACGUAGUUCUUUGCCACCGCAUGCCUUCCAGCAGCAACAGAGCAUGCCAGACAUCAGGCGCAUACCAAGACCAUCGUCCGCGGAAAUAGAGAGGGACAGGCAGGCUCGGGCGUGCGGCCUUCAACUGGAUUAUAUGUCACAUCAGAACACUAUCUCUUCCUCGUACGACCACCUGCCACGAGGCAGCAGGCGCAUCGAAGAAGAUCAACGCCAGCGCGAUCCGAAGAUGCUGGUAGAGCGGGGCAAACCUCAAGCACCUCGACCGAAACCGCACAUUCUGUAUCCUAGGCUCGACAAGCUCGUUCGACGUGAGAAACAUCGUGCGAUGGAUCACAUCUCUUUUGAUGAGGAUGUAUUGGAGUUGUACAGAGAGGAAGGAGAAUUACGAGAGAAGCUCCGUGAAAAGCGUAGAGGUAAAGCUGAGAAGAGAGAUCCAAAAUUCCGUCUGUUCUACGUCAUAGGAGCGCCAUUACGUGACGUCUUGAUUCAUGCCUCAUCCAUGAUCACUAUGGGCGAACAUCAGCACGACAUACCGACCCUUGUCGUUGCCUGUGUAGAAGAGCUGACAAGAACAGGUAUCUACCAACAAGGGUUGUUCCGCACGUUACCUAGCCGCGAUCGACACAUACAGUUAAUCGACAUCUACGACUCCAGCGCCGAUUAUGGGGCAAAAUUCAGCAUGCACGGACAGACUAUGCCGGACAUUUGCGCAGUCUUAUCCACAUUCAUCUCCGGUCUCCCCCAGCCUCUCCUUGAUCCUAGACUUUACAGCGGAUUCUGGCACUGGUGCGUUAAACCCAGCGUGAAGCGCGAAGAUGUAAGGCGAAGUCAGCAGGACGCGGAAGAAGAGGAGAAACGUGCUAGAGGCGAGCUGCCGCUCUUGCUUCCCAUGUCAGCCAAACAGCAUCAAAAGCAAUCUAAGGAUCAUGAUGACCUUCAUCUUGGGAACGACGGUGACAUCGAACGUCACCAGAUCAUGGUCGCACAAGUAAUUCUACGCUUCCUGCCUAUAGGCCAACUCUCUCUACUGAUCUAUCUCUGCGGAUUUUUCACUCAACUUCCCCUUUGUCCGGAGAACGGCAUACAAUUUGAGGACAUCGCGCGGAUCUUUGGGCCUAGGAUUCCUGGGUACGACGGCGAAGGUGUCGUCGCAGAAGAUGAUGGUUUGGUUAUUAUCGAGGUGGCACAAGAUCUCAGAAGGUCUCCUCACUGA